AACAAAAGAAGAUCUCAGAGACAGACGCGCCUUCCCGUUUCCCCGAUUUGCCCCCAAUCCGUGGCUUCGCGUCCGCCGGUGGCCGCAGGGGUUCCGAUUCCCUGCCGCCGCUAGAAGGAAACCCCCACACCUCGACGAGAGAGUACACGGGGGGUAAAGCCAACCGCAUGGCGCCUGUACUACCAGCACCGGCGGCUCUCUCCCCCGUCUGCCGCGCCUCUCCCCCCGCCUGCAGCGCCCGCCGCGCUUUCCUAUCCUCGACUGCGGCCCCGUCUUCCGUCAACAAGCUUCCCAAAUUUGCUGCCAGGAGCAGCGGCGGCGGCCCACGUCCCGAGCCCCAAGCAGGCGACAAUGAGAGCAAGGCUGUGCUUGACGCCUUCUUCCUCGGGAAGGCCUUCGCAGAGGCGCUGACCGAGAAGGCCGAGUCAGUUGUGGGCGAGGUGUUCAGUGUCUUGGGGCAGUGGCAAGCAGAGCAGCAGAAGCAGGUCCAGGAAUUUCAGGAGGAAGUAGUUCAGAGAGCCCAAAAAGCUAAGGAGAGAGCUGCUGUGGAGGUCGUUGAUGAUAAAGGCCCAAAGACUCUAAGGGAACCUUCAGCAACUACUGUGGUUCCUACACCUACGUCACCUCCUCCUAGUACUACACAGGCAGAAUAGUAUAAGUGGCGAUGAAGAGUUAGUGCUGUGCAGACACAGUUUUGUGCUCCAACAAAUAUGAAGAAAUUACAGUGAUAUGUAUCUAUCAAAAUGUUCUUUAUUUGAUAGUAAAUAGGCAGCAUGUCAGUUGGAAAUCUAUGGUACAAUUCCACGGAUGAAUGAAUAAUAUCUACUCCCUC